GCCAAAAUUUGUCGGCGUUGCCGUCGUCCUACCUGUCAAAGGUAGAAAAGUAGUCGACGGAAGUUUUAAAGUUAUUUUACUACAUUCCAGUAAAGUUGUUUGGAAGCUGUAUUGUGCUAAAGUGUUAUUGAUGAAUUGAUAUGUUUAUAAUUCCAAUCGGACUAAUACUAGGCGCUUGUUCAAAAGGUGUUCUAAGUUGAAUAACUGUUUCUGUUGUGUAGGUGGCUGUCCCGAUGAUGUGAAAGUGUAUUUUCGCAUAAAAUUUAGAUCCCAUUGUUUAAAUAUUUCCUGGUAAUUGUUGGGAAAAACAUACGAGAUACUUGUUGUGUAAGAAUACAUUCGUUUUGCAAUGUGAAUGUGGUCGUGGACUAGCAGCAGAAAUACAGUGGAAGUAAAUUUUGUUGCGAAGAAACCGCAGCAAUGGAUGUGCCAUCGCAGGAGACUGUCGGACUCUUGUCUUCAGACGAGGGCGGCGCGGGCGGCAGUUCAGACUCGCCAGACAGCAGCGAGGACGAGGUCACCUCACACGUCCCGCCCGCCAUGACUGCCCGCGCCCAGGUAGUAGUGCCGACCAUCAGCGUCACGCCGCACAGCCCGGGCGUGCUCGACGACAGCUUACAACAGCUCCGGCAGCUCCAUGCGGCUGUGCAGCGUAUGCGCGCCGCGCCGCUCCCGCUCAUGCAAGCGGGCGGCAUCAGUCGUCUCAGUACGUCUUGCCCGUCGCUCUGCAAAGAUGGCGGCGAUCCGGACUGCUCGUCACCCACACACCUGGACUUGUACCCACACAGCCGUAAGGGUAGCGGCGAGUCCCGGUCAUGGGGCCUCUGGGACCGACGGGAGGAGGGCCGGCGGAGUUCCUGGGCGGCACUGGAGCCCAACGCGCGCCAGCCCGACGCCAGCCGUCAGCGCAGUACCCUUAACGGUCACAGCGCGUCGCUCUCGUCAAUGGAGUCUGAGGGCGAGCCCCGCGCGCGCCACUCGACGCACUCGCUCAACGACAACGACCUAGCCAAAGACUUCGAGAAGGUGACAGCGGCGCUCCGCGCGGGCACAACAGUAGCUGAAGGCGCUCGGCUGGCGGCCAGACUACCGCUGCAGAAGUCUGUGUCCACCCCCAGCAUAGUGGCCGCCGUGCAACCGGCACAACCUCCGCCUACCAACAACAUCUUGUCUGGCGCCGGUGCGAGCGAGACGGAGAGCGACGAAGACGCGUCGGCGGCGACCGUCGGCGCCACGACCCAGUUGCAGGGGAGAAGAAACAACGCACAUCAAGAACAUUUGGGUCUACACCGAUUGGCGUUCUUGGAACAAGCGGCGUAUGACCACCACGCAGAAAAGCGGCGGAAAAGAGGCAGCUUAUUUUUCAGGAAAAAGAAGGAUAAAUCACGUAAGGCGGCGCACGCGUGGCAGGCGGCAACGUCGGCGGCCGACUGCGAUUGGUGCGGCCGAGCGCUCACCGACAAGCCCGCCUUUUAUUGUGAACAUUGCACCAUGACUGUACACCAAAGCGUGUGUAAAGACUACAUUGUUGAAUGCAACAAACCAAAAUCAUCAAAGACCUCCGUCGGCAAAUCCCUGAGCGCGGCAAGUGGUAAAAGUAGCAAGAGGAGUUCAGUCUCUAGCCAGUCACAAAACCCAAACAGCACCGGCCACGUGUGCAACGACGACAAGGAUUCCGACCACAAGCACGACCAGAGCAAUGCAUCAGACGACGCAGGAGCGUCAGAGUGGCCCGAGGCGUACCUAACACCCGACCUGCUGGGAGAAGAGGCAAUUUUGCUCGGACUUGGGGCUUCGGAGCCCGACACUUGGGCAGCGGGCGCGCCUAAGGGGCUGGCUAAGGCCAUCGGGGACCGGGAGACGAAGAGACAGGAGCAUAUUUACGAGCUGAUACUGACUGAGAAGCACCAUUGCCUUACGAUAAGGCUUAUGCAGAAGAUGUUCGCAGAAGGCAUGCUCCGAUUCCCCGGCAUAAGCUCAGCGCAAGUCUCUCGAAUGUUCCCCUGCGUAGAAGAACUAUGGACGUUACACGCCGCCUUACUAUCCCGACUACGGGCGAGGCAGCGGGCGUCAGCACAAAUAGCUUCAGUAGCUGAUAUACUAGCUGACACAUUCGCUGCGCCGGCCAGGCAUCGACUAAAGGCUGCUUAUGGUGAAUUCUGUUCGCGCCACCGCGACGCCGUGGAUGUGUUCAAGGAGUGCUGCGCGCGGGAGCCCCGCCUCGCGCGGUUCAUACGCAAGUGCCAACAGAACCCUCUACUUAGGAAGAAGGGUGUACCAGAGUGCGUGCUGUUUGUGGCGCAGAGGCUCACCAAAUAUCCACUUUUAUUGGAACCAUUACUAAAAACCGCUGGAGAUGACAUCAACGAGAGAGAACUCUUGCAGAAGGCGCUUUGUGGCGUAAAGGAAAUUUUAGUAGACGUGGACAACCAAGUGGCAGCGAAAGAGCGAGAAGACAGAAAGCUGGAAAUCUACCACCGAAUCGACGCCAAGUCGUUCGCCAACUUCAGGGGACGCAAGUUCAAGAAGAGUGACAUUCUGCAAGGGAACAGGAGUCUGAAGUUCGAAGGAGUAGCGACGUUAAUGCAAGGGCGGAGCAAAAUGCAGACGCUCCUAGUGAUCGUGUUAACCGACGUGCUGUUCUUCCUGCACGACAAUAACAACAAAUAUACCUUCUUCACGCCUGACAAUAAGACUGGAGUCGUAUCGCUGGUAAAACUACUAGUACGCGAAACGGGCGCCGAAGGACGGGGUCUAUACCUCAUUUGUAGCGGGCCCGCGGAACCGGAAAUGUUCGAGCUGCGGGUACACCGACCUAAGGAUAUCCACGCGUGGAUACACAAUAUUAGGUUGGCGGUAUCGCAAUGUCCGUCGGAGGUGGAAGACACGGAGGGCGCGCACGCGUCGGCCGAGGAGCGGCAGCGAGCGCUCGACGCCAGGCACGAGAGCAUAAGACUGAUCACUGAGGCGUUGCGAGUUAAAGACAGAGAGCACGCGACUUUGUUAGAAGAAAAAAUGGCGCUGCACAUGAAAAUGGUGGGACACACGGGCGCCUCCACGUUAGACGUGCCUAGCACAGGUGUAAACACAGUGUUUCCCGGCGGCCUAGUGUUCCCCGACUACGUUCGACUAGCGGCCCCACAACCAGACACACACGCGUUAUGGCAGGAGGUGUGUCGUGUCGUCAAGGACGCACUAGAAGCGUCAAGUGGCGCUUGGAGCGGUAGCAGCGCUUUAGGCCGAAGUACGAGCUCAGCGGGCGAACGACAUUCUUGUGCCUACGAGAGUCCUGCGUUACCGAGGCGAGCGGACACGUUUGCUGGCUUCGAUGCUGCCACCAACAGACAUAGAGGCGUCAACCUCCGGUUAUCAACUGACACUCCUGAAGAGGUCGAAGGCGAAACAGAACCUCAUGAACCUCACGAAACGCACGAUAGACCUCGUGUCUUCGAACAAACGGGCGGAGACAGCGCGCUCAAACUACAACAUGCUGUAUAUACACUCACCUGCAUCGUGUGGCAGCAACUCACUACUAUACACAGUCUGGAAGCGCAAGUGAUGGCGUGGCGGGCGGCGCCGGGCGGCGCGGCGCGCGGCCACGAGGCGCAGCUGGAGGAGCUGCGCCAUCUGCAGGCGAGACUCACUGCGGACCGCGCUGCGUGGGAACAUUCCCGGGCACGCGACCACGCCAACAUCGCUGACGAAAAGCGGCAGCUGCAAGCGGCGCGGGAAGAACUACUAGAACAACAGAAAGACGUCGAACAGCAACGGGAGAGGCUCUUCCGACGGCUCGAGAGGUUGCAGCAACACGGCGGUUCUCAAGAGGAAAUCGCUAGUGUGGGCACUUUAUCACCUGACUCGAGCGUCAGCGAUACCACGAGGAGAAAAGAACCGAAGUGGCGAAAUAGUCGCGGCUCGACAGGGUCGGAAGGCGCGCCGCCACCGCGAGCGUUACCUCCACCGCAGCUCCUAUCGGCGCAGAAUGAGAGUCGCGCCACCGCCGCCAUCUCCCAAAUGGUGAUCAAACAGCAGUUACCACUAAAGUUAGCGAGCGGCAAGUCGCAGCAGCCGCCGCCCGGUUACCACCGCCUACACGAGUCUCCGAGCGAGCAUUCGACCGGGCUCGUGAUUCACCACACGCGAACUGGCAGCUCACCAGCUCCAUUGCCUACACAACCGCCGCUCAAUAAUAAAGCUACCAGAACAAACACAUACCCCAAGCUCCCGGACAAGUUCCGCGUGCGCACGGCCGACGCCAGCGCGGCCGGCGCCGUGCCCGCGCCGCCCGGGCCGGGGGGCGGCGGGGGCGGGGAGGAGGAGGUGAUCUACUUCUGACCCGCGCGUGCGCCGCCGCCGCCGCACGCGCGCCGCUCCUGAGACUGCCGCCUGUCCUAACUGCCGGCCCGUAACACACUGGGAUGGUAUUAUGUACAUUAUUCUUAUAUUCUCCCUUCUAUUUUAAUCAGCCGGUUAGAUUACGUUCAUUUGGUACCUACUUAAAGGGUGACAAGUUUUUAUUUGACCCUCGCCGUGUUUCUGCUAAACUGAUUUCUCUUACUGGCAAGUACCCUUUGAGAACAGACGCGAAUGUGAUUGAUGUAAACGAGAAGGAAAUAUUUUAGAUAUCGAAACCAUCUUUAUUGCUGUAUGAAAACGGUUGGCAGCGACGCGCGACAUUCUUUCAGGGCCAAAUAAAAAGUUGUCAAACUUUACUUUCAAACGAUGUGGCCAUGUCUUAACUUUAAUCUGUGACUGAAGUAAAGUUGAGAUGGAUAAAGAUGGCAAAUAAUGUGGAUAAAUAUAACAUUGUCCAGAUUCUAGUUAAAUAUCAUUUAAAUUAUCUUAUAUGAACUAGGAAUUGGGUGAAACCACGUUAAAGUAACGUGAGUCACGACUUCAUUGAGUGUUUAUUUGAACUACAGCAGCAAAUGACAGGAUCUAUGCAUAUAUCUAGAAAGUACCUAACACCUAUUUAGACAUGGAUUAUCCCUUGAACUUGCAUCGUGAAUAAAUGGAACAUACCAUAAAAUAGUGACCCAUGUUACU